CCGUCUGCAGACCCCGGCUGCCCGCACCGCCCACCGCCCACCGCCCGGGACUGUCUCUGCUGCACCGUCCGCGGGCCCGGCCGCUCAUUGGUCACCGCCGCCGCCGUGUGAGGCCGCUGGGGGGCGGGGAGAGCGCAGCGGCGACCCGGGCUGUUCGCACCGGGUGCAGGGAUCCGUGGGCGGCUUCAUUCGUGUUGGGCGGAUCGCCGGCCGCCGCCGCCUCCUCUCGCCGCUCUCCCCGCCCGGCCACCAUGCACCAGUCGCGCCCAUCACACUAGCAGCCGAGCUGCAUUGUCCACCCCAGCGCCCGGCACCACCGCUGCUCCAUCGCGGAAUGCUCCGCCGCAGGCGACGCAAGAAGCCAAGAAUAUUCCAAUGGUGCACGUUGCACGUCCUGUGGAUGGUUGUAAUUAUCCUCAUGGCUGUCGGGCUUGCCAUCCAGACCCUGGGCAUGACCGACAAGAAGAGGAUAAGAACCCAGGACGUGGAGCAGCCCCGGGUUGUACCAGUGACCAGCCGUGAGGUCAGGGCGCUGGAGGACACCUGUCAGCCGAAGACGCACGUGAUGUUCCUCAAGACGCACAAGACCGCUGGCAGCACUAUCCUGAACAUCCUGUACCGCUUCGGUGAGGCGAGGAACCUAACCUUCGCAUUGCCCGCCUCCUACCAGUUCGGCUACCCACUCCUCUUCAGUACGAGGAAGAUUAAAUUUUACAGUCCCCUCAAGGCACAGGAAUACCACAUCAUUUGCAACCACAUGAGAUUCUACCGGCCGCAGGUUGAGAAGGUGAUGGCAAAGGGGACCUUUUACUUCUCCAUCCUGCGGAACCCGGUGACCUUGGUGGAGUCGUCCUUCACCUAUUACAAAGGGUCGAGCAUGGCCUUUAAGAAGGUUGAGUCGCUGGAACAGUUCCUGAGCGAGCCCUGGAAGUACUACUCCACCAAGGAGCGAGGCAGUCACUACGCCAGGAACCUCAUGUGGUUUGAUUUUGGCUUCGAUCACAACGCGAACAGCUCGAAGCAGUACGUGGACCUAGUCUUGAAUGAGAUCGGGAACACUUUCCACCUCAUCCUCAUCUCUGAGUACUUUGACGAGUCGAUGAUCUUAUUGAAAGACGCUCUUUGCUGGGAAUUUGAUGACGUUGUUUCCUUCAAGCUGAACUUAAGGAACAAUGUCACGGUAAAGAAACUGUCCGAUCAAGUCGCUGACCGAGUCAAAGCUUGGAACUCGCUGGACUGGAGACUCUAUUCGCACUUCAACAAGACGUUCUGGCAGAAGGUGGACCAAUACGGCCGGCAGAGGAUGAGGAAGGACGUCCAGAUCCUGCAGAACAAACGGAAAAAGCUGAUGGACCUGUGCCUCGAAGGGAGCAGCCCAGUAGACGCCAGUCUGAUACAGGAUCGGAAUAUCAAGCCCUUCCAGUAUGGCCGAGCUCGGAUCAUGGGCUACAACCUCAACUCAAACCUUGACAACAGCACGAGGGAGAAAUGUCUUCGCAUGGUGAUGCCCGAGCUGCAGUACAAGGACCUGUUGGAUGCCAAGUUCUUCCCCUCGGUCACCAGUAGAAAAGUCCUGCAGGCACCUCCGCUGCAUCUUUGAGACAACAUGGCCGAGUCAAGCCUCCGUUAUUCCAAGAACAAUGUCACCAAAUUAUUUAUAUCAUGUCAAAGUCUGACUGGGCGAUAAGUAACAUUCAGUCAAAGGUCCGUGUGGGAAGAAUCCAAGAUCCUGUGGUCAAAUCCAUUGGGUAUUCCCAAUUCUAAAGUCAUAGCAAAGGGGAUGUGGAUGUUGAUGAUGAGGGCAACUUUCCUAAGACUAUGUGAAGGAAAUGGGGAUGCUCCUUGGUCAAUGAAUCAUCACUGAAGCUAGGCUUGGGAAAAUCUAACUCUGCAGGGAAGGGACCUCACUUUCCUUGAUGUGUCCGGGACGGGUUGGAAAGCCAUCCCUUGGGGCACUGGGAGCAUGGACGGGUUCAGAUUCCUGUGGAAGAUGGGAGGGUGGGCAGUGAGUGCCAGCUGAUGCCACAAGUUCUCCCACUCCCUAAAUACAUCCACCAGGCAAUGCCAGGAAGCUCUAUGAUACAGUGAGAAUGGGGAGUCCAGUAUCACAGCCCAAGCUGGAAGAGAGUUUUGUUUUUAACCCAGUUGCAUGAAAUGUGACUGAUGCUAAAGGAACCCAAGCUCUUCAGCCUGCCCCAACCUUAAACCCUCCAUUUAAGAUGCUGCUUAGACUGUUCCUCAGUAACCGAGCUGCCCCGAUAUCUCCUCCUGUGCGGGCUGCCUGAUUAAGCACUCUGUUAAGCACCCAGGGAUAUCUUGACAAUGUCAAUGGCGCUGUGUACAUGGGAGGCGAAGUUCCAGGUCAGUGGCCAUCGUGAUUCCACAAGGUGGGAAUUGUGGACGGUGAGAUGGCUGGGUGAAAGCUUUAUGAGUUCCUGAAUGGGUCACAUUUUCAGGAGCAAAUAUUUGGGGAAUGCUUCAUUCAAGUCACUGGAACUGCCGACAUAGAACAUAGAACAUUACAACACAGUCCAGGCCCUUCGGCCCACGAUGUUGUGCCGACAUUUUAUCCUGCUCUAAGAUCUAUCUCACCCUUCCCUCCCACAUAGACCCCCAUUUCUCUAUUAUUCACGUGGCUAUCUAAGAGUCUCUUAAAUGUCCCUAACGUAUCUGCCCCCACAGCCUCGGCCGGCACUGCGUUCCACGCACCCACCACUCUCUGUGUAAAAAAACCUUUCUCUGACAUCCCCCUUAUACCUUCCACCAAUCACCUUAAAAUUGUGCCCCCUCGUGUUAGCCAUUGUCACCCUGGGAAAAAAGUCUCUGACUGUCCACUCGAUCCAUGCUUCGUCAUCUUGUACAGCUCAAUCAAGUCAUAUGGCAAUAAAGCCAGUUGUGAGAUUGAGCAGCUCUGACACUGUGUCUCUAUACUUUCUCAGUCAAUGGCACUGGCUGGUCUAUUUAAAUGCAAAGCUCUAUACAGAAGCUGACCAUUCUACACAGUGCAAUGGGAAGAGGAAUGGCUCAGUUUUCAAGUGAUCUUUCCUUUCAAAACAUUCCCCUCCCUACCUCUGUAAUCUCUUCUACUCAAACAGUUCAUGGAUUUAUCUCAUCCCAGAAUUUACUUAGCAUCUGAGGGCAGAGCUCUGGAAUUCCCCCCGGAAGCCUCGCUGCCUCUCGACCCCUCUCUCCUGUUGAUAUGCAGCAACCCCAAACCUUGACAAGUGUUGCGCACCUGCCCCGAUAGCUCAAGCGACGCUUUUUUCCGGGUUUUGCUCCCGUGAAGAGUCUUGGAGUGUUUUACCUUGGAAGUGAGAAGGGGAAAGUACAGAGGAGAUGUGUGAGACAAGUUUUUUUUUACACAGAGAGUGGUGGGGACCUGGAAUGCACUGCCAGGGGCGGUGGUGGAGGCAGACAGCAUUGGAGGGUUUAAGAGACUCUUAGAUAGGCACAUGGAUAAACAGGGAAAGGAGGGAUUUGGUCAGGGUGUGGGGAAGAGGGAUCAGAUUAAUUAGGAGUCAUUGGUUUAAUUAAUAGGGCAAAGGGACUGCCCCGUGCUGUAUGUUCUAUGGUCUAAGUGUGUACAAGAGACAUUACUGUUGCCCGGUGCCAGUUCAUACUGCACACUGGCCUUCUCUAACCUUUACUCCAUCCAUUACAUCCCCAUGUCCCUUUGUCCCGCAUGUUUAUCCAGCCUCCCCUCUCAUCUGUCUUCAUGUGACUGCAACUCCUUCCCGAGGAAGUUCCACAUUCUCCCUGCAAACUGGGUAAAAGUCCUUCCCUGUAUUCCUGCUUGGAUUGAUAGUGAUUAGCCCACAUUUGUUGCAUCCCCCUUUGAAUAUCCUCUCCAGUGGAACUACUGACCCUGUUGAAUCUCUUGAUGUCUUUCUUCUACGAAGUAAGAAAGACCAUUGUUCAUUGAAUCAUAGAGUCGUACAGCACAGAAAUAGGCCCUUCGGCCCAUCAUGUCGGCCUGUUUGGCCAUCUACACAUCCCAUUUUCCCGCAUUAGGUCCAUAACUUCCAUACCUUGACUAUUGAAGUAUCUGUCUAAGUGCCUGUGUGACAUUGCGAUUGGAUCCACCACAUCCUCUGGCAGUGGGUUCCAGACAUCAACCACUCUCUGUGUAAAAAAACUUACCCCUCAGAUCCCCUUUAAAGUUCCUUCACCUCAAUUAAACCCAUGACUUCUUAUUUUGAUACUAUAAUGGGAAAAAGAUUUUGACUAUCGACCCGAUCUAUGCCUCUUAUUGUUUUGUAUUCCUCUAUCAGGACAUUGCUCAGCUGCUUUAACUCCAGGGAUAACAGUCCUAGCCUGUCCAAUCUCUCCCCAUAACUAACGUCCUCCAAUCCAGGCAACAUUCUGGUGAAUCUCCUCUGUGCUGUUUUUGGGCAAUCACAUUCUACUGUGUGGCGACCAGAACUUCACACCAUACUCCAAGUGCAGUCUAACCAGUGUUUUGUAAAGUUGUAACAUAAAGUCUUAACAUUUAUAUUGAUGCAAAAGGUUGCAAGCUGGUCAUGAAGAGAAGGUUCAGGUUCAACCUGGAUAAAAAUGGGAAAUAGAAUCUGUUGAGAGGUAAUGCAUUGGUAGAGGGAAACAAGGAGAGGAUAAUUGGUACUAAACUGUAGGUAAUCCCUCGGGAAGCACAGUGGCACAGUUAUUAGCGCCGCUGCCUCAAAGCUGCGGUGACCCUGGUUCAAUCCUGACUUCCGGCGCUGUGUGUGUGUGUGUGUGUGUGUGUGUGUGUGUGUGUGUGUGUGUGUGUGUGUGUGUGUGUGUGUAGAGUUUGUACAUUCUCCCUGUGACUGCGUGGGUUUUCCCCCUGGUGCUCCAGUUUCCUCCCACAUCCCAACAAUGCGCGGGGUCGCUGGGCUAAUUGGCCACUGAGCCACCUCCCGUUUGGUGAAUGGCAGAGUCUGGAGGAACGGAUGGGAAUUUGGGGAGAGGAGGUGACAGGGAAAAUUAGUUGGGGAAUGGGAUUGCCAGAACUCUUAAAAAUUUAUUGAAACUAAGUAACAAUAUAACUAACCAGUACGUUAGGUCAUUAUGUUGCAGUUGUACAAGUCGUUGGUGAGGCUGCACUUGGAGUACUGUGUACAGUUUUGGUCACCCUGUUAUAGGAAAGACGUGGUUGAACUGGAAAGAGUGCAGAGGAGAUUUACGAGGAUGGAGGGACUGAGUUAUAGGGAGAGGUUGGCCAGACUAGGUCUUUAUUCUUUGGAGCACAGGAGAAUGAGGGGUGAACGUAGAGGUGUUUAAGAUUAUGACAGGCAUAGAUUCAGUGACAGUCUUUUCCCCAGGGUAGGGAGUCAAAAACUAUGGGGCAGAGGUUUAGGGUGAGAGGGGAAAGAUUUAAAAGGGACCUGGGGGGCAACUUUUUCACGCAGAGGGUGGUGAGUAUAUGGAACGAGCUGCCAGAGGAAGUGGGUGAGGCAGGUACAAUGGUAUCAUUUAAGAAGCACUUGGAGCGGUACCUCGAGGGAUGGGGCUUGGAGGGAUAUGGGCCGAACACAGGAAGUUGGGACUAGCUGGGUGGGCACUGUGGUCGGCAUGGACUGGUUGGGCUGAAGGGCCUGUACCUGUGCUGUAUUGCCCUUUGACUAUAAUCCAUGAAACACAUAAAAUAUUACCAAAGAAUUAAAUGAUACAGGAUGACGAGAGGAAAUGCCACAAACCAUGAAGUAGCAUGCAGGAUCACACCCUUUGUGUUCUAAUUUAGCACAGUUUUUAACUCUUAAUUCUAACCUCAGCUCCCAUGUAUUUAAUCACUAAUCUGGACCUAAUGCACCCUGGUGAUCCAGUGAAGUCGUCCAUCCAAAAAGGGUGAUCAGACCUGAGUCCAGGGUCCUGGUCCAUAACCACAGUUCACUCCUUUUUUUUAUCCAAAGGAAUCACACCUAUAACAAUUGAUGUUUGAUUCUCCAAUCUGUACUCAGUUCAUUCCUUCUGAGUCCAUGCAUUUUAAUCCAAUUAGUCCUGAGUAAUUGAACUGAAAAGUUGUUUCUAUGAGGUUGCUUGGGUUGUUAUCUCAGGAGCGGCGGAGGCUGAGGGGAGACCUGAUAGAGGUUUAUAAGAUUACGAGGGGCGUAGACAGCCAAUAUCUUUUUCCCAGGGUCAAAAUGUCUAAUACUGGAGGGCGUGCAUUUAAGAUGAGAUGGGGGAAAGUUCAAAGGGGAUGUGCGGGGCAAUCUUUUUACACAGAGAGUGGCUGAUGCCUGGUAUGCACUGCCAGGGGCGGUGGUGGAGGCAGAUACGAUAAGAGGCAUUUAAGAGGUUCUUAGAUAGGCACAUGAAUGUGCAGAGAAUGGAGGGAUGUGGACCUUGUGCAGGCAGAAGUGAUUAGUUAAAUGUUUUAAUUACUAAUCUAAUUAGUUCCGCUCAACAUCGUGGGCUGAAGGGCCUGUUCCUGUGCUGCACUGUUCUAAGUUCCAUGAGGAAGAGCACUGGGUUUAUCAGCACUUGGAGUGCUUUUAUCCAGGGACAGUCUCCAUGGAGUUAAACGUAAAUUGUGUCCUUGGGCUAAUCUAUUUGUGAAAGGAAACAAGUUUUCCUGGAGAUUCUUCAGUUCACAGCCUGUGUUUUGUUGAUGUUCCUUUGAAAUAAAAAAGGUCUCAAGGUU